CGCCGGGGUAACGGAUACAAACACUGCUAGCUUCCCAGACAGCAUGGGCGUGGCUUUAAGUGCAAAAUAGAAUGGAAAACUGUCGCUAACGUGAUGCUGGAAUUGUUAUUGUCAGUUGGAUGAAGUAACGUUAUCUUCUACCUGUAUGGCAGAAAUGAUAGCAAGAGUCGGUUUAAGUCUUAGAUGUCAGUGUGCUGUGGAAAGGAGCUGAGCUAGCUGCAGAUCAGCAGCUGAGACAGGCUGCUGACCCUCACAACAAAGACUGGAUUACAACUGCUGCUGUGGCAAGACAGAGAGGCAGCACUGAAAACUCACACAUAGUUUGAGUUUCCCAGGCCACUUUCCUCCCUCCCUUCCCCUCUUCCCCUUCCGCCCAUCACACCGGUUGCCAUGGAGAACUCUUCGGUGGCGUCUGCAUCGUCUGAGGCUGGGAGCACACGCUCGCAGGAGAUAGAGGAGCUGGAGCGCUUCAUCGACAGCUACGUGCUGGAGUACCAGGUGCAGGGGCUUCUGGGAGACAAGGCAGAUGGAGACUUGGACUUGGACAAUGGCGGCAAGGUGCCACAGUGGACAGAUGACUUCAAUGACAAGAGAGAUGGUAGCUGGACAUCAUCACGAGGAAGAGGCUCAUCUAAGCCCGACGAGUGGGAGCACAGCAGCAACGGCAGUACAGGUUCCAGGCCCAGUUCAGGCUCCAGACCUGGAUCUGGCUCACGCUCCGGCAGCAGGGGCCGAAACAACCAGUUCAAAGGUCCAGCCAAGAAUGGGAACAGAGAUGGCUCCUUUGACAUCCUGGGGACAGACAUUUGGGCUGCUAACACUAUGGACUCCCAUGGAGGUGCAGGUUGGGACGUGCAGCCAGAGAAGCUGGAUUUCAGCCAUUUCCACAGGAAACAUUUAAGAGGAACGCCAAAGCACCUGCCACACAUUGACAGAGAGGGGAUGAACAAAACCAAGUUUGAGGAAGAUGACGGCAUAGACAUGAAUGACAUAGAGAGGUUCCUGCCCCAUCUGCGCUCUGUCUUCCCACCACUUCCUAAUGAGGCAGAGAUCGCACACACCAAAAAGCUCUUCCGACGCAAGAGGAAUGACCGACGAGACCAGUUAACCAUACUUCUACCUACUGGCCCAGGGGGAAGGCGGCAAGUCUCAGCCAGGAGACAGCAGCGGCCUCAGGGAGGAGGAGGAGGCGGCGGAGGAGGUAAAAACCAGCCUCAGCAGGUACUACAACAGUCACCGCAGCAGCAGAGGGCUCAAACCCAGCAACAGUCUCCAGAACUGGGAGAUAACAGAAACAAUAGUGCUGGUCGGCCGCCUCGCCAGUACCAAGGAGGACAUGGGCAGCGCCAAGGAGGACCCCCACACCACGGAUACAGCCAGAACCGGCGUUGGCACCACAAUCAGAAAGGUCAGGGACAUGGACAGACAAACACUUCAGGUGAUAAAGGAGUACCCCCAAGAACAACCAAAGACAAAGAGACUGAGAAUGUAAAACUGGGUGAUGAGCAGAUCAGACCACCUCAAGACUGGAGCAGUAAGAAUCCCAAUGAAUCACCCAAAUCUGACUCAGUCCCCAGUACAAAUGUUUUCCCAGACCUGACAAUUAACAAGGAGUCUCCCAACCCGCCGCGAAGUGGAAAGGCAAGCGAGGGCCAGUCGGAGCAGCCCAAAAUCAGCCUGCUGCAGUCGUCAAAGGAAAGGCUGAGGAGGAGACUAAAGGACAAGGAGGAGGCGCGUGUGGAGAACUCGGGCUCCGGAUCACAGAGCAUGGACCGGCUGGUGGACCUUCUCAACAGCAUGAGGAGCAACAGCAGCGGGGUGGAGCAGCAGCUGGCCUCCUUCAUGGAGGAGGCGCAGUGCUCGGCUCGGAACGAGGAAACCCUGGCUCAGGUGGUCAGCACCAUCUACUCCAAGGCCGUGUCCGACAGGAGCUUCGCAGCAACGGCCGCCAAGCUCUGCGACAAGAUGGCCCUGUUCAUGGUGGAGGGGACCAAGUUCAGAUCGCUGCUGCUCAACAUGCUGCAGAGGGACUUUUCCCGUCGUGAGGAGCUCCAGCAGUCAGAUGUGGAGCGGUGGUUAGGUUUCAUCACGUUUUUGUGUGAGGUGUUCAGCACCAUGAGGAGCAGCUCUGGAGAGCCGUUCAGGGUGCUGGUGUGUCCCAUCUACACAUGCUUACGAGAGUUGCUCGAGUCAUCAGACGUAAAGGAAGAUGCAGUCCUCUGUUGCUCCAUGGAGUUGCAGAGCGCUGGGCGUCUCCUGGAGGAGCAGCUCCCCGAGAUGAUGACGGAGCUCUUAGCGGCUGUCAGGGACAAGAUGCUUUGUCCGGCCGAAUCUCAGCUGACUCGCUCUCUGCUCAUGGAGGUCAUCGAGCUGCAUGCACACCGCUGGAGCCCCCUGGAGGCCCUCACCACCCAAUACUACAACCGUACCAUCCAAAAGCUCACCACCACUGCCUAGGUUCCAGGAGUAGAGAAGACAAGCCCCCCCCCCCCCCCCCGGAUGCCCCAAGAAGAUGUUUUCUACUUUUUAAUUACGAUACCAUCACCCUCUUGCCUAAAAUUAAAGAAUGGGUAAUGAGCUUAACUGUAAAUUCCACAAUUACUCCAAGAUAGGUGACCACUGCCGCAAACAAACCGCACACGAGCCACCAAACAGGUAUCAAGGCUUCAACACUACAUGUGGCGCAUUUGACACACGUUUGAGAAAACAGUAGGAGAUACGUGGCCGGUAGGGGCAUGCUUGGCCACACAGAGUCUCGCCUGGCUGUGGCUAGUGGGGGAUAAAGGAGGCAUCAGACAAGAGAGGGGUCAUGCAGGGGAGAGGAGGAGAGGGCAGCAGCCUGUCCGUGGGGAAUAGAGAGAUCUGUACCCAAAGAUGAAUAGAGAAGGGCAGGGGUGGCUGGGUGGGUGGGGGUCAGGGUGGUCUGUGUCAGUCUCUUCAUUGUGUUCAUUUGCCAAACCACCCUCCCCUCUUUCUGUCUCUUUCUCCUCCCUCCCCCCUUCUGUCUCUCCGUCAGCCCCUGGGGUCUGUGUGGCUGAUAAAAGAGGAGGAGGAGGAGGAGGAGGAGGAGGAGGAGGAGGAGGAGGAGGAGGAGGCAGAGGCAGGGAGUAGACACGGUGCUGUCUGUCUGGGCCGUCUGCCCCGCCGGGCCAGGGACCAGGUCAAAGGGCCUCGCUGUGGAGCUCCCCAGCUCCCACAGCUCCUCCCCGCCUUUGUCUCCCCAACUACACCCCCCACAGCAGGAAGCCUUUUUGAGGGGAUGAGACAGCGGGCCUGCUGGGCCGGGCUGGGCUGAGGAUAAGGAUCAGGCUGGCUAGAGUAGGGUGGCAGAUGGCUGCUUGAGCCCCUGUGAGACGACACACUCCUAACACACCCCGUUGGCACCCCAGCUCCAAGCUCCCCGAGCUCAGGCCAGUGUUUCCAAUACAAGCAGGAGAAAUACUGCAGUGGUGGGGGGGCAGCAUUAGAAAAUUAAAGCAGACACUGCUGUCUGGUAAUUCUUUUGUUUUUGUCUUGCAGGGGAAUGUCUCUUCUCCUCCGUUAAGCCGUGCAUGUCUAUGCUUUGUUAACCACAUCAUUGAUAUUAUUAUAUAUUUUUUAAAUCAUUUAUUGUUUUUAUUAUUGAUGUUUCAUUUUGAAGUCUCGUUUUUAUGGUAACACGUAUGUAUGAGAUAUUAUAGUGGUAGGCCUUAUUGCACAGAUUUGAUUAGUUUUGCACUGUUUUGAGGCGAUUUGCUUUAAAAAUUCAAAAAGAAAAAUAGGAAAAAUUUGAAUUUGACUCAGUGCUUGUGGAUUAAUAUUAAAUCUUAGUAGUGAGAGUAAUGGGUUGAGCAUAGUGAGGGAGUUUAGGAUGUUUUAAAGGACUAGUGGCCUUGUCAAUUAUCCUUUUUUUUAUAGAAGCUCUCUUGUUUCAGGGCCUGCAAGGCCAGUGGCUACAGAGAGCAUGCUGAGGACUAAACGGUUGGACUUUAUCACAUUGUUCUGUUGCUGAAGGAAAAAAACAAAACAAAUUGAAACAGCAAAGAAGUGAUGUGACAACAUAAAAAAAGCAUGGCACACUGAGAAACAGAAGCGAAAUGCUUCUUUACUGUUUUCUCCUAUUUAAGCCAUUCUUUGCAGUGGACAUUUUGCAAGUGUUUAAUAUCGACUGUAUCUGAUCAUGCUUUGUUUUUGAGGAAAAUGACAACUAUUAACCUGUGUAUUUGAAGAUGACAAUGAUGAAAAGACAAAAAUCUUAUUGUUUGACCUCAUAUUAGCUAGUCAUAUGUGACCCUUAUUCCAGCUAACGUGUGUACUAUGAUAUUGACGUACCAAGCCAAUCAUGUACCAUUUGUAAAUGGGCUCUAUAUAUAGUCUGCAUACAGUAUAUUUACAAGUAUUUAAAAACACUGAAAUAGAGGGGAAUAGUGCAACAGAGAUGUUACACAUAGGAAGACUGUGGUCGCAUGGCUAGAAGUUGGACUUCCCAUGCAUUUCUAUAAGGAACUAGCUCUUUGCUUGGGAGCAGUCACACACACAUACAUGCAUACAUACAUGCACAUAUGCACAUGCAUACAUAUACUUAGUUCCCCACUGAAUCUCUGUGGGCAGUUGUAAGUGUUUUUAUAUUAUUUUCUGUGUCUUGCAUCAAGAAUUUUAAGAUCUUGUGUGGUAGUAACACACCCCAGAAGAUUAGUUAGAUGAGAUGGUGAUUUAAAGCUCAAACAUGUUUUUGGAGGUGCAACCUAAUCAUCUGUAUGUGUGUCUGCUUAAGAAGUGGUUAUUGUUUUUAUGUCUUUUGUUGUCCUUACUUCAUUUCUAGGUUUCUAUUUAAAUUAUAUUUAGCUCAUUUCUAUAUAAAUGAUUUUUUUCUUCUGGUGGGUUUUCAAGACAUCUGAAACAGUGAUACCUAGCUUGCUGGCAAGUGUGUAAGUGUGGUAUUUACUUUGUGAAAAGAAAAAAAAAAGCCCAUCGGUCAAUGUCCAUUAUGCAAAGAGCGGCUCACUCACAGCAGAUCGGGGCAGGUGGGGAUUGCCCCCUUCGUCUGUGGCUUUGGAGCCUCCCCGCCCCGCGUGCCCUUAGACCCCUCUGCUCGGGUCACAUGACUCACUCGACGAUUGAAUGAGAUGCACCUUCAUUUGCAUAGUGUCAUGAAUAUUGAAAAAAUACGAGGCGCCGGUCGGUGCGCAGACGAGCUUUAGAUUGGCAAUAGUGGGUCAUCUGUGAGUUCUUGUUUGUUUUGUUUUUCUAAGCAACUGAAAAAUAAACUAACAGGAAAGUUUAAAAAAAAAAAAGACGUGACGGAACAAA